UUCUAACCUCAGAAACGUAAGGCGUAAAGGGAGAUUGUUAAAGCUUAUUAUUUAUUUAUAAAUCACAUAAAAUAAUGUUAAAAUGGUUUCAUAUGAAGAUAAAUGGGUUAGAAUAUUUUUAGUGCAAGAUACAUCCCAACAUAAAAAGGGAUUUACGUUGUAUAAAGUUGUUUCGAUGUUGUACCCCAGAGAUUGCCCAGAUGCAGUAACUAAAGUUGUAGUGUGGAAGAGAUUUAAUGAUUUUAAAAAACUCCAUCGUGACGUAAAAGUAAAGUGCAAAAGUUUGAAAUUUAAGAGUUUGCAUUGCAUAGCUAUACCAAAAACGUCAUACUUCAGAAGAUUCCAAGAAAAUGUAAUAGAGGAGAGAAGAAAUUUUAUUUUAAAUUUCUUAAACUUUAUUGCCCAACAUGGAGAGUUGUAUACAUCAGAUGCUGUUGUUAAUUUUUUUAAGUCAAGUUAUACUCCAUCAGAACUUCUUAGUAGUAAUAUAAGUAGUAUUCGAUCAGAUUUAAAUUUACCAGCAGAAACUGAAUACUAUACUGCCAAUUCAGACAAUGAAAGUGAAGCUGAUUCGAUUUCAACCAUAAAUAGUUUAAACAGUUGUUCAGUUCAGAUUGACUCAUUACCUGAUCCAGUGAAUGAUGAUGUGAAGAAUGUUUCUUCAGAAAAUAAUUCAAGUUUAACAAAUGGUACUGAUAUUUAUUUGGGUGAUAAGCAAGAUAUUUGUUCAUCAAGUGCAAAUAGUUGUGGAAGUGUUUCAAGCAUGGGCAAUUACAUAUUGGAAGCUGCACAGUGUAUAAGUAAUGCUAUCCAAUUUGAGACCGAAAAGAAAUAUGAAGAUGCAUUUCAAGAGUAUAAGACUGGAGUGGACAUAUUAAUAAAAAACAGUAAAGGUGAUCAUCAAUAUUUAUUUAUUUAUUUAAAUCAAACAGGCUAA